CGUGACGUCACCACAACAAUGACAAUCAAAUGACGUUGUCUUCAUCCUUAAAUAGUGCGCGGACAAUCAAAGUGAUGUCAUACUUAUCUUCGUUGGUAUAUCGGGGUACGUAGUUAGCCGAACAACGAGUGUUUCCCGGAACUACCAUCAAGGGGUGCUCGUUCCACUUCCAGCAGGCAGUUUGGAAGAAGAUCGGGGAUUUCGGCCUAAGGACCACAUACAUGGAGCGGGCUACAAUAUACCACUACCUCCGACAGAUCAUGAUGCAUUUGAGGAACUAUCUCAAAGUGCCAACACAGAUUAACUUCGCAGUCUGGUCAGUUACAUGGAGAGACAGUGGAAGAAACAUUCUAUCUUUGAUAUCCCCUCCUGGUCCAUGUUUGGUAUCACCAUCAAAACAAACAACGAUGUUGAAGAGUAGUAAAUGGGAUGCCAGACUACAGGAGUUGUGGCAGCAGUACCGAGACAAGGAAAUCAAGACUGGAGCCUUGUUGGCUGAGUGUGCCAAGCUCUUUGGCUCUGUGAUUGACACUGUUGCUCCACCUCAGCCAGCAGGUCAAGUCACACGGUUGUAGAGAAUUGUUGAUAUCCUUGUGAUGAACUGUGUAUGACUGUGAAUGUGAUCAGUGACCAUAAAUAUUAUGGUAUAUAGUGUAAAUAAUGUAUGUCUUUGUAAAUAUUUUUAACAUGUAUGUCCAACAA